UACAAUUUAAUAAAUAAGCCGUUAAUCGUAUGACGAGCAACGUAGGAAUACGUUUUUAUUGUCAGUAAUGGUUGUCAAAGAGUGGAAUUCUUGGCAGGAUGCUCUGUGAACGAACAUGGAAAUGAAUAGACUUCCAUAACAAAGCAACAGCGCCUCGAGAUGAAGCUUUUGAUGCGGUUAUGGAUUUUCCUCGUUUGCUUGUGCGUUAGCACCAGAUUAGAAGAGUCCGAGUGUCCAAGAAAAUGCAAUGUGCCUCUCGGCAUCGAAAGUGGCCUUAUUACGGAUGAUAAACUCUCGGCUUUUUCAUGUUAUGGGAACGAUACGAGGUUUGGAGCUCAUCGAGCAAGGCUCAGACUUCACUCCUGGCCGCCGGGUUACAGAGCUGACAAAACUAUUCUUGGUGUCACGGAGAAUUAUUGCUGGAUUAAAAUCGAUUUGGAAAGGGAACAAAUUGUUACUGGAAUAGCGACUCAAGGGUAUGGCAAUGCUUCGGUUUCAGAAUGGGUCACCAAGUAUGAAUUGAUGUACGCCACCGGGACCGACUUCGUGAAAUUUGUGGACAGUGACGGAGAAAUAAUGACGUUUAAAGGAAAUAGUGACAGCAAUGAAAUAGUAAGACACGACUUAGCAGCUCCUAGGAUUACAUCAAGUGUACUUUUGGUACCUCUUAAUUGGACUAACAACAUUGGACUCAGAAUGGAACUUUAUGGCUGCGAACCAACUUAUUAUUUCGAGGCGUGGCUGAUGUUUCAUAAUACUACCUUCGCCUACAACUACUUAAACACUUCCAGUGAUGAAUACAUACAAGAGGCAUCCAAAGCGACGGAGGAGAUUCAAUGGUAUUUCAAAACCGUAGGAGGAUACCUCUACAACAAAGUCUUGAGAUUAAGUCCUCAACGGUCACCACAGUUAGCGACAUUUGCCACAGCAGAGGUAGCAAUUUACUGCACAGAAACCAGUGUUCAUCGUCUGAGAGCCAAGCUAAAGGCAUUCGUCCAAGAAUCUAGCAUUUUCCACCCAGGUUAUCUAAAUAUAAGACAACCAAUUACGUGCGACUGCGAUCCUCCUGCGGUUGAUCUGCAGCUCAAGCAUCGUAUCCCUGAGUCAGAUAUUAUAUGGUCAGCUGACAAAAACUUCACUUUGAGACCAAAAGUGUCAAUUAAUUGUUCCUCGUCGAUCCAUGCAACGUACCGUUGGACGUUUUUCAAAAUUGACCGCGAAACUAGUUUUUUCUCGCCAUUUAUCCUAAUGGACCUCACAACUACACCCAAGAUGACGUUACUACCAAGAUUGUUUGGACCCGGCGAAUUUUACGUCUCAGUAAAUGUAUCGUUCACAAACAAUAUCACAGACACGUCCGCUUAUGACUUUGGGUUCUUCAGAGUCCGCAUGCCAGCUCUAAUGGCAAAAAUAGUGGCACCUUCGUCAAUAAAAAGAGAUGCGGGGAAUAUAACGAUUGACGGUUCCGGUUCACAUGACACAGAGUACCCACAGGAUCAGUCUAAAGGAUUGAAAUUUUUUUGGCAGUGCCGAAGGCUUUGCCAAGAAACUCUAAUAACCCCAUGUAUUGAAACUGAUUCUAAUUCCAUCCUUGAAAGAUUUACGAUUGAUGCUUCUUCUUUAAAGCCAAAAUGUACCUACGAAUUUAAUCUGACUGUAACAAGAGAGCCAAGGAGUUCGAGAGCAAGUCAUAGGCUAUACGUCGAGCCUGGAAUACAGUUCUCUGUUGCAUGCGUCAGUAAUUGUGGAAGGAAGGUCAGCAUUAAAAGACCCCUCUCCCUUCGUGUGAUUUGCGUUAAAGAAGAGUGUGCGUCAAUAGCGACCUUCUCAUGGAUGAUUUUCUCAGAAGACGAUCAUGGAAACUUUACCAGGCUUGAUAUAAGUGGCUCGGUAGAAACUAUCGCAAACAUGACACAAAUGAAUAUACUUAAACUUGAGAAUCUUCUAGAAGUCAAAGACGGACAAAAAUUACAAGUUAGAGUCACAGCCAAUCCAUACAAGAGCCGUUUUGAAGAACAAGCAGUCUAUGCAUUUAUUGUCAACGCUCCGCCAACUAACUCUGAAGCGCAAAUUAUAGAAGAAGGUUGUAAGGUGAUGCCUGAAGAAGGCUCUGCAAUUAUUACCGACUACUACAUCACAUGUUUGGGUUGGUAUGACGAAGAUGUUCCACUACAAUAUGCUUUCACCUACACGUUCGACUCUAGCACAAUUCUCAUUCAAGAGGGAAAUGUGGGUAAAGUGACGACUAAACUUCCUUUGGGGGAUCAUGAUCAAGACUACGAUCGUCUUGUGGAUCUGAAGAUUAUCGAUGCUUAUGGAGAUUUUACUUCUGUGCCUAAGAAAAUUAAGGUUAGGCCACCGCUUGUUUCAGAGAAGCUGUUAGAUGUUAUCAAUAACGCAAAAGAUGAAAUGCGCGAGCUGGUUGCAGGUGACAAUGUUAACAAAGCAGCUGAUAUGGCUAUUACAAUUCUCUCUGUUAUUGAUGGCAACGAAAAGCUUAAGAAAGACGAAACGUUUAAGGAUUCUGUGCUAAACAUCAUGUCUGGAGUAAAAGUUGACAAGAUCAAUCUGGUUACCAAGGUUGCCGUUAUUACCGCUUACUCAACUAAACGGGUUGACCAUUCCCUGCCUCAGAAUUCACAGGAGGAUGCAUUGACCUUAAUAAGAAAAACAACAACAUUCAUGCAAAAAAUGAACAGCAGUACUAUAAAAGAUUUGGGAGUCAUUGGAGAGAUAGGUACGAACAUAUUAACAGGGAUUGGAAACGUUCUAGCCUCUUCUUCUAAGGAUAUGGAUUAUGAAUCUCCGAAUAAGGAACCUGAUUUUUUGAAAAAUGGCAAGAAAAUCACCUCAGAAUGUGUGGAACUGGUAAACACAAUCACUGCAGAAGAGGAAUUGUGUGCAAAUCCUACAAUCAUCACCACACCUUACAUAAAUUUAACAGCUUGCAUUGAAAAAGCCACUGAAAUGAAAGUAAGCAAGCUGCUUAAGGGUGAGAGUGGAGUCAAGCUACCUGAUGCCAAGGAUCUGUUUCCGGCUGAUCUCUUAGACGACAACACCGUGGUGGAUGUCAAGCUUGUGUCUUUUAAAAAGAAUCCUUACACAUGGCAUCCGAAAUCCAGAAGUAUAAAAUCAUCUGUUCUUGAUGUUACUUUAAAGAACGUUACAUCCGGGAAAGCACUUCAUGUGGAGGGUCUCAGCAAACCUGUUGAAAUGUUCAUCAAAAACUGGCACCGGGAAAACGAUAUACAAAAGAAAGAAGUGUUCUUUGUAAAACCAAGCCCUCCAAAAUCGACAAAGAACAUGCGAUUUCACAAAAUCGAUCUUAAAUACGGUGAUGCUGAUGCAAAUAUCCGAAUUGAACCAUUAAGAAACGAAACACUCGAAAUCUACAUCAGGUACAAAGUGAGACCAACACCGGCAGAGAAUGACUUUCAGACAGUUGUCCCAAAUAUUUCCUCAUGCUUAAGUUACUCAGAAGAGAAUGGUUUCUCUGAUUGUGCCUCUGAUCCUUAUUUGUUUACCAUAUCCCCUUCGAUCACCGGACAUACGGGUACUCACUUUAUUGGUAUAAGGAACGCCCCUCAAUCCUCUGAGAAGAACAAUACUCAAAGUAGAACACGCGUCAAGAAAUCAUGCCGUGGGACUAACGGUCGCCAAAAACGGUCCUGCGUCGAAGUGAAGCCACCUCCACUUCCGGAAAAUAUUUUAAAGCAACAAUUUCAGAACAAUACCGACGUGCAGUAUAAACUGUUCAUCACCAUGGGUCUGUGCAUGUACUGGUCCCCUGAGGACGAAGAAUGGACCAAUAGAGGAUGUAAGGUUGGCCCAAAAGCCACACCUGGAAAACUUCAAUGUUUCUGCACGCACCUGUCAGCUUUUGGAGGUGACCUGUUCGUGGCCCCAAACCCAAUAGACUUUGAUAAAGUUAUGGCGGAGUUUGGGAACCUUGCAGCCACCGGGAACUUCGUUGUUUUGGCAUUUGUCUGCGUGGUAUUUGGAUUGUACGCCAUCGGUCUGGUUAUCACCCGAAGAGCCGACAAGAUAGACGAAUAUGAGAUUGCACCAAACAUCCAUGUGAUAAUAGGACAAGAAUGUACCUUCACAUACAACAUCUCAAUACAAACAGGAAUUUGGAGGAACUGUGGAACUACAGCGAACGUGGCAAUCAUCCUGUUUGGCGAGAAUGGAUGUACGCCUCCUGUGCUCUUAACACAGAGUCAGCUGGGAAAGAGAUUUUUCGCACGAGGUAGCGUCAACACAUUCACAAUUCAUCUCCAAGAAUCACUUGGGUCUUUGUACAAAAUCAAAAUCUGGCAUGACAAUUCUGGAGAAAGCCCGGCUUGGUUUUUUCACCAAGUCUUGGUGACUUGUAAUGCCACAGACGAAAAGUGGCAUUUUCUUGGAAACCAGUGGCUUGCUCUGGAAAAGGGAGACGGAAAAAUCGAAGCCGACAUCAUUUCCGCUGGUCAAAGUGAAUCUUUGUCCUUUAGUAACUUGUUCUAUUUCAGAGGUGCUAAAACCCUUAGCGAGAAGCACCUCUGGUUAUCAUUAUUUACCAAAGCUCCACACAGUACUUUCACUCGCAGUCAACGUCUUUCAUGUUGUCUGUCAAUCUUGUUUGCAACUAUGGUCGCCAAUGCGAUGUUUUACCAGCAAAGCAUAAAUAACGCUGAAACCUUUCGCGUCGGUCCUAUUCAGCUAUCCUGGUCUCAAAUAAGAAUUGGCCUUCAAAGUGGGCUGGUAUCGAUUCCCGUGAAUGUUCUCGUCGUUGCUAUUUUUAAGAAUAUCAGACCAUCUGCACUGAUACACAGAGGAAAUAGUCAAAACGGAGAAGACGAAGAGAAAAAAAUUGGUUGCUUCCCUCAUUUCUGUGUUUAUAUUGGCUGGGCAUUAUGUCUUAUGGCGUCACUGGUAUCAGCGGCUUUUGUUGUGUUUUAUAGCCUCAUGUGGGGUAAAAAGGUAGCCAAUCAGUGGCUCACUUCCGUUAUGAUUUCGUUUUUCCAGGACAUUGUGGUAAUUCAGCCAGUGAAGGUGGUUAUAAUAGUUUCACUCUUAUCACUUAUCUUCAAAAAACCAAUCGAAAAUGAUGAAAUACGGGGACAAGAUCACUCCAAUCAAUGCGUAGAGAAAGGGAUAACUUCCUUUCCACCCAGAAACGAGGAGUUGAACAAAGAGCGCUCAGCAAAAAUUUUGAGAAGGAGACUUGCGAAAACACUGAUAGAAAUUGGUAUCUGCGUUUCUUUCUUGCUUCUUCUUGUGAUUGUUUGUUAUGGAAACCGUGACAGUAAUAGAUUUCGACUCACCAGGGCAGUGGAAGAUGUCUUCCUUAACUUCGAGAAGGUGAACAACAUUACGUCAUUCUGGACUUGGACAAGGACAACUUUAUUAACAGGCCUUUUUGACGUGAAAUGGUACAACGGAAUGGCCUUUUCAUACAAGGAAGGAUUCAUCAGCAACAGAGAAGCUUUCAUGAUAGGAAUGCCACGAUUAAGACAGAAGAGAAUUAAAGAAGAUCCGACUUGUCAAGCUAUUCACAAUGAAGCAGAACUUGUCCGGCGGUUUCCAAGAUGUAUUCCACAUUACAGCACAGCAACCGAAGACAAAACCAAAUAUCAUCUACAGAGAUGGUUUCCAGUCAACGAUUACCGCGAAUUUAAACAUCAGUUUGAAAAGUUCUAUCGUUGUCCUAGGCCCUGGCGUUAUGAAACAGCCGAGGAGUUGGACACAUUGUCAUUUCAGGGACUGAGGUCGAAAUAUUCGGGGGGCGGUUACAUUGCUGACCUUGGCUACAAUACCGAUGACGCACUACAAGUUAUUGACAGCUUGGAGAUGAAUGACUGGAUUGAUAACAUGACAGCCGCUGUUUUCAUAGAAUUUAACAUUUACCAGCCUACCACUUCACUUUUCAGUGCUGUAAAGUUUCUAUUUGAGAGAUUUCCUAACGGUGGAACAAAUACCAUCAGAAGGGUCGAAACUUUGACGAUUUAUUCACCAAAAGAUCGUUUUUUUCGAGGCAUCUAUGAGACUUCUCAUUUACUCUUUAUGCUCCUUCUUCUCCUCUGUGUGGGCACAGAAAUUGGCAAAUUAUAUCAACAAGGUUGUAAAUACUUUAAGAACCCAUGGAGUUGGCUGGAAGUUAUUCUCUUGUUGAGCUCAGUUGUGUCCAUGGCCAUGUUUUUCCUGAAAGAAUCAUACACGAGCGAAUUCGUCGCAAAGGUACAAGAAAACCCAUUUCAAAGCUGGAGCAUGGACAACAUUGCAUUGUGGUCAGACCUUGAAGUGACGCUCUUAGCAGUUGUUGUAUUUCUAAUUACGAUGAAAGUCUUGAGAAUCAUUCGCUUCAAUCCCCACAUUAUUCAAAUGAGAAUGACGCUCAUCAGUGCCUCGAAGCAUUUUACCUCGUUCACCUUCGUCUUUUUAACGAUGAUAAUCUCCUACGUUACGCUUACGACGCUAACAUUUGGUAAUGCCGUAUAUGAAUACCAUUCGUUCUCGAAAUCAUUCAGCUCCAUACUGCUGAUGCUUAUAGGUGCCAAAGCUCCCUUCCACGAACUUCAAGGAAUCAACAUCGUUAUUGGACCUUUUUUCGUAUUUGCUUACAUGGUAACCAUUGUCAUGAUCUUUUUGAAUAUGUUUUUGGCUAUACUUAAUGAUGCGUACACGCAGUCCCGUAAACUCGGACAUAAAGGCAGCGAGGACCUAGAGCUAUUCAGACUAUUCAAGGAGAAAGCCAAGAGAGUUGCUAAGAAGACUAGAGUGGCAGCGAUCAAAGUUCUUGAAGCGAUACCACACUUACUAUGGCAGAGGCGGUCAGAAACUGCCGUUACGUUUGAAAAAGAGGCUUUUGUGUCCAGCUCAUUUGAAGAAAGGAAUAAGAACUUUGGAUUUCACGAAGGCGAUAAUCCCUCUCUCACUGAUAUAAUAGCUUUAUUAAGCGAAAUAAAGCAUGACAUCAGCGAUUCUAUUCUUUCCCUCGAUGACGUCGUUCCUAUAGUAACGAUUGAUAAUGACGGCGAAAGCACAAAGUCUUGUCGACCCGACAGCUCGUUGGAUUCAUUUGACUUUUAUUCGUGUUCCUCAAGCUCGUUAUUUAGCCCUGAAUCAGAAAGUGAAAUUGCAGAGCUGGAAAAUCUUAUUUACUUUGUUGACGAAGACGAAUUUUCUCGUGAUGAUUGUUUCCUUAUAAACAAAUGGUUUCACUAAAAUGCUGAAGUGGGUGAAGUUCGUGCAGAAAAUAUAGAUGUGAACCCAAAAUAGCUUGAAAAAUCUUGAUGAUUACGAAUAAACUGAUUACGUUUCUCUUCGCAAUAAGUCUAAAAA